UCAAGCAAAGAACAUGAUAACCUAUACAUUGUGGAUUCUUCUAGGGGUUUUUAUGAUUUGUUCUGGGGAAGAGGGAUGUAGUCUUCCCAACGUGGAGAAUGGAAAAAUUGCUCAGUACUUUUAUAUUUUCAAAAAGUUUUAUUUUCCAAUGGAAGAAGGUAAGAAGAUGACGGUGUCAUGUACAGCUGGGUACACCAGUCUGUCUGGAAAGCAAGAAGAGCAGAUUACGUGCUCCGCGGGGGAGUGGCUCCCAGCUGCAGUCUGUUUCAAAAAGUGCAACAAACCUUCCUUGGAAAAUGGAGUUAUACAGAAUUUAAAGGACUCUUAUAAAGUACUAGAAAAUAUACAAUAUGUCUGCUAUGAGGGGUACACAGCUCAAAGUGGAAACAAAACGGAGCAGACUGUGUGUUCUUCCUCAGGAUGGGAUCCACAGCCAGGAUGCCAUAAAGUAUCUGACAGGUGUGAAGUUCCCUUUCUGGAUAAUGGACAAUACCUCUCAGCAGAGAGAGUUUUCCAGGUGAAUCAGAGGUUGCAGUAUGAAUGUGAGAAAGGCCAUUACACCACUGGUGGGGGCAGGAAGGAAUCGGUUGAAUGCCUUCCCCAUGGUUGGUCUUAUGUUCCACGGUGCACUAAAGGUAAUAACUAUGAGGAUUGGAGGGAGAGGGUGAUGACCUAUGAUGCCUCUAUGAGAACUGAUCUGGUACAAAGUUGGAACCUGUGGAUAAUGGUGGGCUUUCACCCUAUAAAGGGGGAGCUAUAUGACAGGGAUGUAGUGCAAUUCUUCUGUAGAGAAGGGUUUUCUCUGCAUGGUUCAGAACUGAUUCAGUGUUAUUCCUUCGGAUGGUAUCCUGAGCCCCAACUUGUGAAGAAGGAUAAGUGCCCCCCUCCUCCAAGACCUGCACAUACCAUCCCCCACUCACAGGACCGCACCGAGCAUCGAGCUGGGGUCUCUGUACGCUAUGAAUGUGAUCAUAACUACAUGCUACUAGGGCCUGAAGAGAUUCUCUGUGAGGAAGGUUACUGGACAGCGCCACCCAAGCUGUGUGGGUUUCCUAAUGUAAACCAAAAGUUAUUAUUGUGGAAAAAGAAGCUUAGGCUUACACAAACACAACUCAAACAAAAGUGGAAGUGCGACCAACCACCUGCUACACAAAAUGGAGAAGCAGUUAUAGAAUCAGAGCUUUAUCACAGCGGUGACAGAGUUCUUUACCGUUGUGCAGAGGGUUAUGGCAUAGAAGGAUCAAAUGAAAUAAUAUGUAAAUUAGGAAAAUGGCCAGAACCCCCAAAAUGUAAAGCCAAAACAGAGUUUUGCAGUACUCCCCCAGAAGUGAAAAAUGGGGAGCUUAUAGAUGCACCGUUGGCCUCUUAUAGAGGUGGCUCCUCUGUGGAAUACAGGUGUCAAAGCUACUACUUAAUGGAGGGGCCCAAAGCUGUGACAUGUACAGGAGGUGCCUGGUCUGAGCUGCCAACAUGUUUAGAGCCCUGCACUGUGACCUCGGACCAUAUGAGAUCCAGAAACCUUAAGUUCAAAUGGAGUUUUGAGAUGAACUCUAUUUUUCUGCAUGGUGACCUAGUGGAAUUCAUGUGUAGCGAUGGAUAUGACAUGUCAGAGCACUCUGAACUGAAGGGGCGGUGUGACAGGGGCCAAAUCCUUUAUCCCACAUGCAGUAAGACAGAAGCGUUGAAGGGAUGUGGUCCUCCUCCCGUGGUUAGGAAUGCAAGGAUCAGCUCAACGCAGGAUUUCCAUAUGAUUGGCUCAACAGUUGCAUACCAGUGCAAAGACUAUCACUUCCUCAAUGGCACAAGUGUUGUGCGUUGCUCUGAUGGAGAAUGGGAAAUGCCACCAACGUGCAUAGAACCGUGUGUCUUGUCUCAAGAAGAGAUGAACAGGAACCAUAUUGUACUGAAGUGGAGAGUUGAGAGCAAUUAUUUCUUUCAUGGAGAGUUUAUUGAUUUCAUAUGUAAAGAUGGGUUCCAGAACAUCCAGCCCACCAUGCUGUUUGCAAUAAGGGCCCAGUGCAGUAACGGGCAGCUGAAAUACCCAACAUGUGUGCAGAGGAAGUGAUGUGUAUAAAGGUCUCUCAUCUGUAUAUGGACAACCCCUUCUAUAUAUAGGCAUCCCUGUGUGUAAAGGCAUCCUCCUCUGUAUAUGGCAUCCUAUGUUUAUAGGCACC